UGAGAACGUUCUGGUACUUGCCUCGCUCUCCGAAUGCAUCCUUCCCCCAUCCAGUGACGAAGCAGCGGUGGGAGGAAACGUCCAUAGACGAAGGUGGUGUGCAGACGGGAGAAAUGUGCGGGCUGUAAGUAAGGUGAAGGUGCCAUAAUUUUUGCGAGAUAUGGACCAAGACCAUGAUGAAGAGGAGGAGGUUUCCUCCUACUGGGGAUCCGAUGCCAACACCGCAACUGCUAUUAUCAACUGCGACGCCGAUAGCAAAGUUGAAAAGAUGGAAGUAAUUGCCAGCCCUACGCCACGUCUUCUUCGUCAUCCUCUCGGAAAAGCUAACUCGUCCCAAUCCUCAUUCUCGUCAUGUUCCCCAGAGGAUGGUGACAACGCCUCCUCCCCCAGCACAACCGAAACAACGACGGAUACGCCGCCCACUUCCGGUGAAAGUGGAAGUAACCGAGUCAUAUUUGGGGGCAGGAGCAGUAUAGGAAUUGAAUCUAAAAAUGCCAACGAUGGUGGUAUUAUUAAGGACCAAGUGAUAGAAAUAGGAAGUGACGACGACGGUGACGAUAUUGGCGAGGCAGAUGAGACAUUCUUUGAGGAGGAGGGCAGCAGCGGUGGGAGUGGCGUCGCCGAGAGUAGUCAGAGCAGUCAGAUAAAGGCCAUCCAGUCAGACGUGGUGCAUCAAAUAUGCUCUGGGCAGGUGAUCGUGACCUUAUCAACGGCUGUGAAAGAGCUUGUCGAAAAUGCCCUUGACGCUGGCGCAACUGCCGUCGAGGUUCGUCUCCUCGAGUGGGGUUCCUCUCUCAUCCAGGUCAUCGACAACGGGCGGGGCGUUGACGUGGACAAUUUUGAAGGACUGGCCUUGAAACAUCACACUUCAAAACUAUCAACAUUCUCCGACCUCGGGACAGUGGACACUUUUGGCUUCCGGGGAGAGGCUCUUUCCUCCCUCGCAGGCCUAACUUCCACCGGACUCGUCAUCCUCACGAGGUCAUCUGGGUCACCGACCGGCUCCUUGUUGACCUACUCUCCUUCCGGAACGUUGAUCUCAGUUGCCCCCACUCACCGUGAGGUCGGCACGACAGUCACGUUGAGAGACAUCUUCGCUCCACUUCCGGUCAGGAGGGCAGAAUUUCUCAAGAAUUUAAAGCGAGAGUUUAACAAAAUGGUGGGCGUGCUGAACGGGUAUUGUCUCAUAGCGAGAGGGGUGCGAAUCACGGUGGAACACAAGCAUGGAGAAGCUACAACUUUCUCUCCAGUGGUUUCUGUUCCAUCUACGAAAACGUUGCGAGAGCGGAUCGUUGGGGUUUUUGGGGCGAAGCAGUUGGCUUCGCUGGUGGAGUUUGAGCAAGAGGAGGUGCUCGACGAGGAAACGUUGACAGAAUUCGGGUUAAAUUGGAAGACCUUUGUAAACGACCGAUUUUUACUCGAGGGGUACAUUUCGGGACGGAAUGCGGGACGAGGGGGAGGAGAUCGACAGUUCUUCUUUGUCAAUGAGAGACCCGUCGAUCUGCCAAAGAUUAGCAAGAUUGUGAAUUCGGUGUACAACACUUUCAGCACACGAGGAAGCAGUUCGUACCCCUUCGUCUGCCUCAACAUCAAGACUGCGAGGGAGGACGUGGACGUUAACGUCACUCCAGACAAACGAAAUCUCUACCUCAUGAGUGAAAAAUCCCUGUAUGCCAUCGUUAAGGCAUCACUUGUCUCCCUUUAUACGACGGAAUCGUCGUCACUCUCUGUUUCAUCAUCUUCACAACAGGUCGGGAAGCAGUUACCGUCCGCGACCAUGUUUUCUACUCAGUUGUCCACUUCUGCUACAAGGCAGCAGCAAAAGGCCACCAAGACGACGACUACGUCACCCUCGUCGUCACAAAUAAGGAAAAUGCCCAGUUUGAGGGAACGGUUUGCUAAAACUGGAACCAACUCGUUUGGUCAUUCUUCGUCGUCCAAUUUCAAGCAUACCAAACCGUCAAACGUGUCGGCCUCUGGUUGGAUAUCCACUCGUAGGGGGCCCAUCGUGCAUGUCGAGAGGAAAGUUCUCAAGAAGGAAGAAGAGCACGAGGAAGAAGAACCUGAAGCAGCAACUGAAUCGGAAGUCAUUCCCGUCGUAAUGGAUGUCAAGUCUUUACUGGAGCAACGCAAUGACAAUUCUGCAAUGUUACGACGGCAAAGAAAGCGAGGUCAUGAUGAUGACAAACAAGAUGAAAUUGACGACGUAAAAGUGUGUGUCUUGUAUGACGACGACAUCCUGGCAGUAGGAGACGACAUCAACUACGACGCAUCAUUACAACCCAGCGUUUCUCUCUUCAUUGAUUGGGAGGAAAUUAAGGAAAAUGUGAAAAGAAGAGCUCGUCUGCAGGCAGAAAAUUCUUCCUCCAAGACUUUCAACCAAAAUUUCCGUGCCCGGAUUUCCCCCGGAGAGAAUGGUGUGGCGGAAGAAGAGCUGAAGAAGCAAUUGAAGAAAGAUUCCUUUAAAAAGAUGGAGGUGGUGGGUCAGUUUAAUCUUGGUUUCAUCGUGGCCAAGUCUGGGUCAGACUUGUUCAUCGUGGAUCAGCACGCGUCUGAUGAGAAGUGGAACUUUGAAGAGUUGGAGAAAUCGACCGUGUUGCAAACCCAGAAGCUCAUUCGUCCCCUCGACCUCGGCCUUCCCGCUGUGAGCGAAAACAUUGUGCUCGAUCAUUUAGAAACGUUUCGAAAGAACGGAUUCGAUUUCGAAAUUAAUCCUUUGGCGGAACCCACCCAGAGAGUAAAACUGGGCAAAAUACCUUUCUCCAAGUCGUGCGAGUUUGGGAAGACUGACGUUGAAGAGUUGAUCUGGAUGCUGGAGGACUGUGACGAACCCUACUUCUGCCGCCCCUCGAAAAUAAGGAGAAUGCUGGCGUCUCGCGCCUGUCGAAAGUCUGUUAUGAUCGGAAAGUCUUUGACGGGGGUUGAGAUGCGGAGCAUUCUGGACCACAUGGCGGCCAUGGACCAACCCUGGAACUGUCCACACGGAAGACCAACCAUCCGACACUUGUUCAAUGUAAUGCUUCUCCCCGACUAUGCAAAUUAGGAUUCGUGCAAGUAUUUCGACGGGUGGAGGUCGAGGUGAAGGUUCUAAUUAAUUAUGGCACCUGCUCCUCGUCGUCGUAUCGAACAUGGUACAUCGUCUCCUAAUUGACGCUCACGCCCAGGAACUAAAUAAAACCAGGAGGAGAUAAGGACUCACAUACACUGAGGAGCGAGAUUGAUUAAUGAGGCCUUUACGCCUACACCCACCCACCCAGACCGAUACGUCGUUUAAUUUAAUGAGCAGAUUAUUUAAAUUAGUGUUACAGAGUUGAAGAGCAGAUCUCAUAUUUUCCCCAGUGAUGCGAUCGAGUUUAUGAGAUUAUUUCGUUUAAUACGCAAUAAUUUCUCACUUCAGAUUUCAAGAUUAGAUAUAUGUAAUUGUGAUAUUAAGGAUAAAAUACGUUAUCAUUAUGUGGUAUGAUGACUAUAAUUAAGUCUUGUAAUAGUAACUUUUAAGGGUGUAAAGUAAAGUACGCUUUUUUACCAGUAU